CUCCCCGCAGCGGCCGGCUAGACGGUGAGGGGGCUGGAGCGAUGCCUGCGCGCAGCCGCCACCGACCCCGCCUCCACGCCGGCUCCCCGCCCCGGGCUCCGCCCCUGCCGCCCGAGGCUCUUUACUCUGGCGCGGAGCGGUGGGCGCCGGACUCCGGCGGCGCCUCGGACGCCGACUCGGAGCUGGGUCUGGAGAGCCCAACUUCCACCGUGGAGGAAGUAGAGGAAGAAAUGGCAGGUCCCAAUCAACUCUGCAUUCGCCGCUGGACUACCAAACAUGUAGCUGUGUGGUUGAAAGAUGAAGGUUUUUUUGAGUAUGUGGACAUCUUAUGCAACAAACAUCGACUUGAUGGACUCACACUACUGACACUGACUGAGUAUGAUCUCCGCUCUCCUCCUUUGGAAAUCAAAGUGCUGGGGGACAUUAAAAGGUUAAUGCUGUCAGUCCGAAAAUUGCAGAAAAUACAUAUUGAUGUUUUAGAGGAGAUGGGCUACAACAGUGACAGUCCCAUGGGCUCUUUGAGCCCAUGCAUCAGUGCUCUACAGGGUGCAGACUGGCUGUGCAAUGGGGACCCCUCCCAUGACUGUGAUGGACCUCUCACCGACCUGAGCACCGAUCAGUACCAGUACAUGAAUGGCAAAAGCAAACAUUCUGUUCGAAGACUGGACCCAGAGUACUGGAAGACCAUACUGAGCUGUGUAUAUGUUUUUAUAGUGUUCGGGUUUACAUCAUUCAUUAUGGUUAUAGUCCAUGAGCGAGUGCCUGACAUGCAGACCUAUCCACCACUCCCGGAUAUCUUCUUAGACAGCGUUCCCAGAAUCCCAUGGGCCUUCGCCAUGACGGAAGUGUGUGGCGUGAUUCUGUGCUACAUUUGGCUCCUGGUUCUUCUUCUUCACAAGCACAGGUCAAUCCUUCUGCGAAGGCUCUGUAGUCUGAUGGGCACUGUCUUCUUGCUUCGCUGCUUUACCAUGUUUGUGACCUCCCUCUCCGUGCCAGGACAGCACCUGCAGUGCACUGGAAAGAUAUAUGGCAGCGUGUGGGAGAAAUUACACCGGGCCUUUGCCAUUUGGAGUGGUUUUGGUAUGACCCUGACUGGCGUCCACACCUGUGGAGAUUACAUGUUCAGCGGCCACACAGUCGUCCUAACUAUGCUAAAUUUCUUUGUCACUGAAUAUACACCAAGAAGCUGGAAUUUCUUGCACACCUUGUCCUGGGUUCUCAAUCUCUUUGGGAUCUUCUUCAUCCUGGCUGCCCAUGAGCAUUACUCCAUCGAUGUGUUCAUUGCCUUUUAUAUCACAACGAGGCUCUUUCUGUACUACCACACUCUGGCCAACACCAGGGCUUAUCACCAGAGCAGGAGAGCGAGAAUCUGGUUUCCCAUGUUUUCUUUCUUUGAAUGCAAUGUUAAUGGCACGGUACCUAAUGAAUAUUGUUGGCCAUUUUCAAAACCAGCAAUAAUGAAAAGACUAAUUGGAUGAAGUUAUCUUUGUAAUGAGUUUGUGAUUAAGUAUACAGUAGUUGUUGAAUAACUUUGCUUUCUCUUGUUAGGUUGUUGCUGGAUGUGUUGCAUUUUGGCUUAUAUAUUGACAGAGUUCCCAGUGCUGAGUGAGGGUAUGAUUGUAAAAAGCAAGAAAGAACAGUGAAAACCCUUACCUAAACAUUUGAACUGAAAGCUUCAGUAUAGGUUUUCUGCCCCUUUAUUUUAAGAAGAUUUAAAUAUUUGAUUGAAGUUGGGCUGUUGCCCUUACCGUUGAGUAUUUGUUUAUUGAACUUAAGCAAAUCAGCAGAAGCUGUUUGCUGGUUGAAGGAUUUUUAUGAACUUCCAGCAGUGCUCUAGUUAAGAAAUGGUAUUUUUGAAGCCCCUUAAAAGAAAAAUCUGUACAGUGUGAACAGUGCUUGUUCUUUGAACUAAUUUUGUGUCUAGAAAGUGAUUUGUUUUAUUGACAAAAGUGUUUUGCCUUCUCAAUUGUCUUUAAGAAAGUUCACUGAGCAUACACCAUGCCUGAAACAAGGGAACGAAAGGGCCAUCUGUGAGGUGACAGUACUGAGGAGGUGUCACCGGCCUUCUCGUUGAUAUAUGUGGGUGUAGAGCUGGCAUUUUUCACCAAAGAUGUCACAAAAGAUGCAGUUCGUAUUUUGUUCUGAGGGUUCAAAAUGAACGUCGGCAAGCACUUGAGGGAAAAUAUGGCUGCAUUCAUAAAAACAAUGGCUAACUUUAGUGGUACAGGUACCUGAAAUAGCUGUCAUUAUUAGACCAGUGACAGCCCAAUUUAAUACUUUUUAAAGUGAUGUUCUUUAAUGAGACAAAUAGGAGUGUUUUACCAGAUGUUAAGUUCUUAUGGCAGUAAGUAGGGAGGUACGCAUGCAAAGCAUUUUCUUCUUCUGAAGAGAAGCGAAUAACAAGUUGUGGAAGAAGUGUGAACUUUUAAAGUUUUGAACUUUCUCAUUCUUGGUUAUCAGUAAAUAGUGUGAGACAUGUUUGGAUACAAAAAAAAAAAAAAAAAAAAAAGCUUUGUUGCUUUUUAUUUGUAAAACAAUUGUGUACAUACAUUCUUUCUACCUAGUGUUUAUUUGCCAGUCAGGAAAUGAACAUCUUAACUGCUGUUCACAACACUAGAAAUUUAAUAUCUUAAGAAACUUCACCUUUGUGAAGCAUUUGUCACUUUAUUUUCAAUGAAUUUUUAGGUAGCAAUAUGACAGAGCAGGCUGUGGAACUGGAAAUUGACCCUGACUGAUGAAUUGAACCGCUUAGAGUAUCACUGUGUAGAUUGUACAUUCCAUGUCUGACAUGCAGUUAGUUAGCAGAGGUGUGGCAUACAUCCUGAGGCCUGAAGUUAGGCCACAGCAGAAGCCGCUCCUUCCUUAUCUGGGUGAAAUAUUUUAUUUUUGCACUUUGAGUUGUAGUUCCACUCCUGUAAAAGCUACAGAGGAGCCUGCAUGAAUUGGGUAGGAAAGGAGCUUUACGGGAAGAUGUGCCAGCCAGUGCUGAGUGACCCUAGUUCUGAACAUUCAUUUCUCACGUGAGAAAUGGUACCAGGCAACUGGAACUUUAUUAUGCUUUUAAAUCUUAUAUAUCUUAAAUUGUUGGUUCUGUUACAUGCUAGGGACAAAAAUACCAACACGUUAACAAAAGAAACUGCGUAAUCCACGAAGUGUGAAGGGUGCUUCCUCUGCUCCUUAGGGUGGUUUCACCUUCGAGGUCAAAAGAUGUGGCACCAACUUUAUUUUUUCCCCAAAUGACAGAACAGGGAAGAAUUGAGCCAGAGAGGGACUAAUGUUGGCUUUUGGUACUACAUUUUAAAAAGAAAAGUCUUUGGCAAUAUUAACUUUAAAAUGUUAAAUGGCUAUUAAUGGUAAACAUUUUCUUUCUGCAUAUGGAUUCCAGUGUAGGAAAAGCUAAAAAAAUAUAACGGCAACUAAAUUUGCAGAGCUCUUGACUAGGAGAGUGCCUAACAGCAGAUGGCAGUGAUACUUGUAAAAUCGCUUUCCAGGCUCGCAUUUACUCUUCUUUUGAGAAAAAAGUAAGCUAGAUUUAUAAUUUAUUGUUUUAACUAUUACAAGGCAGUGUUUACAUAAAGUAAUCAUCUCCAGAUUUUUCUUGGAAAUCUCUGGGACAAAAUUAUUUCAGUCAUUUACAAAGGUGAAACCCAUAUUUUAGACAUUUUUAUUUUGUCCAGAAAUUUCCAAGAUUUUUGUCUUUGUGCUUUUUCUUCUUGUUAAAACCCUAAAUUGUAGUAAAGAUAGGUGUUGACACUUGAGUGUGAGUGUGGCUGGUGAAGAAGCUGUAGGCCCAUGCACCACAUCAGGUUCUGCAGGUGCAGGUUUCUGAGUGCCCUGCUUCCUGGAGAGCUUGGUGGGUUCGCAGAUACAAAUUGGCGUUUUUGUGGAAAGUCCUAGAAGCAUUGUCGGGGAUCCUGGAGCAGUGUUGCCUUUUUCCUUUUUCCUUUUGUUUUUAAAGGACCAGGCAAGGUAGUACUGAGAAGUAACUGAAGUUGAUAGGUAUCAAGGUAGGUUUCGAAGAAGGCAAAUUUGACACUACCAUCAAAUAAUCUGGGGCAGCUUCUUUGGGCUGUGUUGAAUUCUCAACACGGUAUCCUCUCCAUAGUUCUCUGACUAGAAUUGCUAGUACGGUUAGCAGUGAGCCAGCCUCAGUCCCACUCAGCUAAGUGUGGGCUGCUGACAGUGCAAGGCUGGUAGUGUGGUGAGCUGUCCCUGCCGUCAGGUUGGGACUGAGAAUCCCAGCACCCCUGAAGUUUAUAAAUGGGGAACAGAGGAGCCACAUCCUUCCGCAGCGGCAAAAAGCAGUCUGUUGGAGGAACAUCAAUUUAGAAAGCAAUAUUCAUACAUUUCUGGAGUCAUAUUCCUAACACUAAUCAUUGACUGUAGUCAGCAGAAGGCAGUUUCAAGGCUUCUAGAUCCACAGUGCUUAAGGGUGUUAGACGUAUUCUUGUUUAAAGUCUCCGAUUAAUAAAUUUGCCUUUUUGUAGACUGCCAUUAUCCCAUACUAAGAGUAAUUACAGUCAAGUCAUUUGUCAGUUCUUGAAGGGAUUCAAGCAUUUGAGACAAAAGGAGCUCUCUGUCAGAAAAGCCCAUUUGCUUUUUUUUUUUAGACAAUAUCAGUUACAUGCAGAUAAUUUUCAAAGCCAACAAAGCAUGUCAGUUUUAAUGGCAGCUUUAGUUGGCCGUUUAGACAGUUGGUAUCUGUAAAAUUUAUCCUGCGCUGAGCACAGUGGUGUGCACUGUGACCCCAGCACCGGCACUCGGGCAGGAGCGGGGUGAGUUCCAGUCCAGCCUGGGCUGCAUAGUGAUGCCCUGUCUCAAGUUCAGUCUGAAUUACCCUUGUCCCGCUAUGCUACAGAAUUGCCAUGGAACUAAGGUCACAAUGCUUCAGGUAUCCAGUGAGAGCAGAACAGAACAGGCUGAGUUGAUUUGUCUCCUGUCUUUCUUGAGUUCCCCUCUGACCUCGCACCAAGUGAACAACACUUAUUUCAAAGAACUCACAAGUGACUUAAUUCCUUUGUGUCAGGUUCAGUGCACGUAGCUGAAAUCUGUAAGCCAUGAUCUUAACCACCAGUAAGUUGCUUUUUAAAAUACACUACUCCAGACCAACCCACAGGAUUCUUUAUUCAGUGCGCUCAGUCCCAGCCCUCGGGGCUGUGAGGCAGAGGUGGCAGGGGAGGGCGCGGUGGCCUUGGUGCAUGGUUAGUGCGCUGCCAAAGGUGGAGCGCAGCCGAGAGCUUCUGUUGGUCAGCGGAGCCUCCCAAAACUGUUCCGCCUAAAGAUGUUUCCAUUCAGAGAAUCCAGGAACUGUCAGGGCGAGGAAGUAUUUCUAAUACGGAAGGGGGCUGCGCAGCCAGGAAGCACAGGGGUUUGGCCUGCAAUGGACACCCAAGUUUGAGCUUUCUGCCCAGAGGCUCCUGUCCACAGAGAAACUAGUAUUACUUACAACGCCACAGUGGUAGCCAUAUUUUGAAGCACAGCAUUGUACAUAAGUAAAUAUCUUGAUUCUAAAUUAAAUUCAGAUUUAACUAAUAUAUAUUAUUUUAUAUCUUUGUUGUAUUAAAAUGUUUAAAAACACUAAAAAUAAAACAUUUGGAAGUUGG